AGAGAUUGCCAUAAGAAAACUACAGGCAAGUAAAGAGAUAGUAGGAAACAGCGGUCAGAGCCCAACAGGCAAAGCUAAGUGGGCGCAUUUUUGCCAGUUUCAGUCCGGUGAGGGCUAGGCCCUGUUGGACUGUGUGUGUACUUGUUGAGUGAAUGGAGAAAAGAGGCGGGAAAUGAUACCUGGAGGAGACACAGAAAGUGGCCACAGAGAAAAGGCAAAAGUAAAUAAGACGCAGUCUGGGCGGCGGUGGUUCAAGGGAGGACUAGCCGACAGUGAAUGGGGGCAGCCUGAGCGAGAGGAAGCCGGCUCCGGGAAAGCAGGUUCGACAUGGGUGCUGCAAGUUGGAGACACACCGACUUUAGCAAACACAGAGGACACGGGGCUAAUGGGGAAGGAAGAUGGGCUCGAGUGGUGUAGCAAGAGGAUACGAUAAACGACUGCAGAGAAGACCCGGGCCCUCGGGGGCCGCGGCGGCGCGGCUCGGGCCACCACCCCCACCCCGCCUUCAGCACCACCCCCAACGCGGGAAGAGGAAGUGCUUCUGGAGAAGGUCCCCGGGUGGCGCGCCCGAGGGGCUCGGCUUUCCCAGGCGCCGAGGCCUUUCAACGUCUAGCCUCCUCGGGAUCAAGCCUCAGUGUACAACCUCUUUCGACCACCACCGCCCCCCUCCCCGGCGCUCUCGGCCUCGGGGACCCCUUGCCCCCUGUGCCUGCCUCCCUUCCCAGCCUUCCCAGCGGAUCGCGAGGCCCUCCCGGCUUCCGACUCUGGCCCUGCGCGGCCCUCCGGCCCCCUGCGCCCUCCAGCCCGCGGGGGCAGCGCUGGGGGCGGGCUCCGCCCAGCUGCAGCCACACGCCGCCGGCCGGCCGGCGGGCGGGGAGGGAGGAGGCUAGAGCGGAGGUCCAACCACCCGAGGAUAGUCGCGACUCUGGGAGACGAAAGAAAGGAAGUUGAAUUCCCCUCCCCGGCUCCGACCCGCGGCAGCUCUCCCAGUGCAACAACCUGCCCGGCCACCCGCGCGCCAGCGUCUCUGGUUUCCCACUGCCGAGAUGGGGGAGGGAAGGCAGGUCUUGAGGGAAAGCGGCAAGCGGCGGGUGGGGUACCCCAGCGCCCGCGAGCCCCCUCGGCCUAACGCCCCACCCCAACACUCGGGAGGCAGCGGGCCUCUGCCCAUCUCGGGGUGCACAGGGCUUGCACUUUACUGAUGACCAGACCCGGGGUUAGGGCGAGGGAGGGAAUGUCUGCCACAGCAGCUCUGUCUACAAGGAAGAGCGAGAUGAGCACGCCCUACUCUGUUAAAUAUUGCAAGGUGACACAGUAUCGCCUCCCACACAAGGAUUUUUCAAAAGGACUGGCGGAGGGAAACACAGUAAACAAGAAAGACGCUUUCCCCGAUUAAGAAGUUUGGGGAAGAGCCCCCAAAGACUCUGCAGACCCAGGGGAUUUUAAUGUGUCUCAGCUCGAAUCAGCAGCCUCCCACUGAAUUAGAACUGAGUGUGUUCAAAAGGCGUUUCCGUAAAACAGAAACUUACUAAUAAUGGCGUGGCUCCACUCGCUUGGGUUCAUUCAUUUUUAUUUCUGUUUUCAUUGUCCCCUCCCCCCCUGCCCCCGCCUCUAUGAAACCGGAAAGGGUCCUCGUGGGGAAAAGGGUCAAGGAAAGGAGGAAUCCGGCAGGGGAGGGCAGAGAGGGAGGUGAAGCGGGUAAGCUGCAAGGAGAAAGGAAGGACACGAGGGAUGGGGAGAGGGCGAGGACCAGAGAUCCGAGGACGGCGGGUGGGAGAGGGUUAAACAGAGCCGGAGACCGGGUCCUCCUUCACAGCCUUGCACACUCCGCUCGCGAGAGGCCAAGCAAGAAAACCCCACUUUAGAUGAAAGCCAGGAGGCAACACAGAGACAUGUGUGGCCGAGGGUCGCACACCCAGACCUACGCGCCUCAUGCGACCCGCGUGUCUCGGCGGCUGGUUCUCUGAGGCCCGCGAUUCCCGGCUCCAUUCAAGCCCAGACCUGGAACACCGACAUUAAGGCACACCGGGAAGACGCGCAGGGCUCCGGGACAUAAGAUCACGCGAAAGCAUC